CAUUAGAUAGCACUUGCAUGGCAUCUCACAUUUAUGGUUAUAUUUCAGAUAUGAAGACGCACAAGCGAUUCGCGCAGUUGCAUUCCAUCCAUCGGGUAGAUAUUUCGCGUUGGGUACCAACUCCAAGCAGAUGCUCAUUUGCAAGUAUCCGGAUAUCAGGCGAUUUAGGUCUUUUGAUUAACCAUUUAAAUUUGCUUUUUUCAAACAUGUUAAGAGCAGAAGCGAGUGUGCGUCCAGCGGACGUAAUAUUAUCACGUCCGAAGCAACACCGUGGCAGUGUUUACUGUUUGGCUUUCAAUCCCAUCGGUGAACUACUCGCUACGGGAUCCAACGAUAAAUCACUUCGUUUAAUGGCUUUCAAUAAUGAACUCUGCAAAAUUGGUUCAUUAUUUAUCAGCUUCGUUCAUUUUUUUUUCGUUUUUGAGCAUUUUGUGCAGAAAGUCUUUACGAUUGUUCUAUUUCGA